GAGUGCACAACAAAAAUGGCGGCGUCCGAAGAGGUAGCAUUGGGAUCAGAACACGUGGAAAAAAAGAAAAAGCCUCCUAAACGUUACUGGGAAAGUGCAGACACGGCGGAACCUGAAGAUGUACAGAACGACCAAGAAGGAAAGAGAGCUGAGGGAGAAAGCAAAGAUGUGAGUGAGAAAGAGGAGGAAGUGGAUGAAACAAUAAAGGAAUCUUUUAAAAAGAAGAGACAAAAACAUGGGACAGAAGUCAUAUCAGGGAGAGAGGACCCUUUUGUUGGCGAUGCUCCUGUUCCAGAGGAAAGACUGAAGAAAUUCAAGAGAGGACAGGGUGUUAAACCUUCGUCAGGGUUACGACGGAGGUUGAAAGAGGCCAUCACACGCUCUGAGGCAGCUUCUGAUCUAGCUCAGAAACAAGCUGCACGAUAUGAUCUGCUGCUUCCAGAGGAUGCUGGGUUUCUGGAGGGAGACGAGGAUGAGGACACAUGUACGAUCUCUCAGGACGACAUCGCCGCGGCUGUUGACAUCACAGCUGGGUCUAAGUACUUUAACCUGGUCUUGUCCCAGUUUGGUCCAUACAGAUUGGAUUACAGCAGAACAGGCAGGCAUCUCCUGUUGGUGGGAAAGAGAGGGCAUCUUUCCUGUAUAGAAUGGCAGUCCAAAAAGCUGAUGUGUGAGAUGAAUGUCAUGGAAACAGUUAAUGAUGUCAAGUGGCUCCAUACAGAGGCUAUGUUUGCAGUGGCUCAGAGGAAGUGGUUGUAUAUCUAUGACAAUAAAGGAGUUGAGCUGCACUGUAUUCGACGUUUUAAUGAUGUUCUACGUAUGCAGUUCUUACCCUACCAUUUCCUGCUGGCAACCGCGAGUGCAACAGGGUUCCUGCAGUAUUUAGACGUGUCAGUGGGGAAGCAGGUGGCAGCAAUAUGUACGAAGUCGGGUCGUUUGGAUGUGAUGACACAGAACCCCCAGAAUGCAGUUAUCCACCUGGGCCACCCCAACGGCACCGUCAGCCUCUGGUCGCCCAAUCAGAGAGAGCCGCUGGUGAAAAUGCUGUGUCAUAAAGGAGGCGUACGCUCCAUCACGGUUGACCAGACUGGAACGUACAUGGUGACAUCAGGACUGGAUAAGAAACUGAAGGUGUAUGACAUCCGGGCGUUUAAACCUGUGCAGUCAUAUUUUCUGCCUGCAGGGGCCUCCUGUCUCUCCCUCAGUCAGAGGGGACUACUGAGCGCUGCUACAGGAGAUGUUGUACAGGUGUACCGUGAUGUGUGGGGAAGCACUCCCAUGUCUAAGCCCUACAUGGCUCACCGUGUGAGGGGUUCUGUGUGGGGAGUUGGGUUCUGUCCGUUUGAAGAUGUCCUUGGAAUCGGACACGGAGAAGGAUUCACCAGCAUGAUCGUACCAGGUGCGGGUGAACCGAAUUUUGAUGCUCUGGAUGCCAACCCAUACCGCAGUGCCAGACAGAGGCAGGAAUGGGAGGUCAAGGCACUCCUGGAGAAAGUGCAGCCAGAGCUGAUUGGUCUGGACCCGGGUCAGUUAGGCAAAGUGGACCGGGCCAGCUGGGAGCAGAGACACCAGGAAAGAGUAGAGAGACUGGGCUUUGAUCCUCUGGCGAAGGAGAAGUUUAAGCCGAGGACGAGGACCAAAGGUCGGAGUUCAAGUGGAGCAGUCGAGAAAAGAAAGAAGAAAGUGGCUCAUGAGGAUCAGAGGGACGUGAUCCGGAAAACUGUGGAGCAAAACAUGGAGAAAGAGAGAGAGAAGAAGGAGGCUGCCCGAAAAGCAGCUAGUCACAGUGAAAGAUCAGCACUGGACAGGUUCAGGAAAUAAACACAGAGACAAAGGACUGGGCCGACACUCCUGUCAAACAAAGGGCUCAUUCUGCUCUGGCUCACAGCAGGCGGGGAAGACUGCGAACAUCCAAGCUGCUGUGUUCCACUUUUGAUUUCCUGUUUCAGUUCUUGUUCUUGUUCAUGGUCAGAAUUACAUGUUCAACUUUGUAACUUUUUGACUGCAUACAACGAACCCCACAAGCCUCAAAGUUGUAGCUUAUUUGUUUUGAAUGCCGACGUGUUUGGUUCAGCUGAGCCGUUAUACAUGUGUUACUGACUGUCUAAAACACUGUGGUUACACACAAAUCUGUCUGGCCCUUCAGACUCUCACUAUCAGUGCUGGACCAACCAGACCACAUACACGCUGAAUCUGAAUUUUUGCCUUUGGACAGUGACCUCUGGAAAAAAGGAGAAAAAAACAUAUUCUGAAAUAUGCUGCAUUUCUUUACUGGGUACACUGAGAUUAAAGGACAUGUGUACAGCACAAAACUCAAAUUGUCACGUAGCUUUUAGGUGGGAAGAAAUGUUUAUUGGAGAGUGAAGGGUGAGUGAUGACAUUUUUACACAGUUUUCAGGUCAAACACAGCCUGUUUCAUAAUCACACUAACACAGUGAUAAAUCAUAGGUACACAUUACAUCAGGUGUAUUCAUUUAAACAUUGCUUUCAUUAACCUCCAUUUUAAAUUGAAUUUUUGUACAUUGUGAAAGCCGAACCACUAGAGAACAGUCAGUGUGCCUAGUUACAUAAUCCUAUUACAUCCCAAACUAAAGCAAGAGAGUACUCGGAGUAAACAAAACCAAUUUCAGCAACAUAUUAGCAUUUUCGCACUGUCCCUUGUGCCAGCUGUGCCCCU